GCAGUGUGAUCGAUCUAUGUGCGGCGUAACGUGUUCCCGCAGCCGGCGUUACUCGGCCGGUGUUACGGCCGCGUGUGACGCGACGGGAGUGUGACGCGUCACUCCUCUUCGGUUUAGCAUCGCCGUGUUAUCGCCGCUCCGGUGACCCGUCGUCAGGACGGAGGCGUCCGUCCCCAUGGUGACGUGACGUCAUCUCUGCUGGGGCGCCGGCCUGCCGGUAGGGGCGCUGGUGUCGCGCCCGGCCGCCGCCGUCGCCGUCGCCGUCGCCGACGACCUUCUCUAGUGGAGCCGCCGCCCGCCCGCCCACGCCUCCGCCCGUCGCUGGUCGUACGGUCGCGGUGGUGACUGGUGCGGCCACCAUGACAUCCACGGGCUGAGUGACCGCGCGUGUCGGCUGGGCGGGCCGCCCGUCUGACAGGGGCCCAUAUUCCCACUCCAGCGGCCUCCACCGACCUCCACCGACCUCAGCUGACCUCAGCUGACCUCACCGGUCCUCCAUCGACCUCAGCUGAUCAAAAACAUUCUACUUUUCUUCUACCUAUCUGACCUCAUCUAUACUUCGUUCCAUUUCUCCCGUUUUGAGUCCUACUCGAUCAUUCUGACCUGACCUGACCUGACCUGACCUGACGGGCGGCUGCAGCUAUGCACACCAGCUCAGAGCCGGAUGACCUUCAGGCACAGUUCCAUGAAGUCGUUAUUGUUGGUAACGGGCCGUCGGCCAUCACUCUGUCGUACCUGCUGGCCGGAAAUUGGCCCUACUAUGCGCGGGCUGGGGCUGCCUCUGAUGGCGUCAUACCAGACCAUCUGCACAGGAAGCUGUCUGCGCAUCCGACCGUCUCCAUCUUGGAACAGGACCUCGAGUACCUCUCAGAGGGUCUGGAAGGUCGCUCCAACAACCCCGUGUCGGUGCUGUUUGACACGCUGAACCACCCGGGAGCCGACUUUGGCGCCGACGAGCACUCCACCAUCCGCUGGGUGUAUCGGCCGGAGAGGGCCGUCGACCACCUGGUGCUCGGCAGGGGGCCGCCAGGAGGCGUCUGGCAGAAGAUGACCGGCGACCUAUUGACGGUCAGCCUGGGCAGCUGGAUGGAGCUGCCCGGCCUGGGCUUCCAGCAGUGGUGUCUGGACAAUGACCGGUCCCGGGCGCGUGUCACCGACGUGGCUCGCUACUACGCUGCCUACGUGCAGACGAUGGGGCUGUCAGACCAUUUCCGCGACUCCACGCUGGUGACUUCUGUGCGACGUCUCGGCUCAUCACCCGAGGACAGCCGCCUUACCGUGGUUCCCGGCUCCGGACAGCCGAUCGGCCGACCGCCGGCCGCCGCCGCGCCGCUCUGGAUCGUCGAAGGACUCCGCGCCGGCGCAGACGAUCAACUGGAACGGUUCCGCGUGGCAGCGCGGCGCGUGGUGUUGGCGUGCGGUACCUCCGACGUGCCGUCGAGGCUAGGCUGUCCGGGCGAGGCGCUGCCGUUCGUCUGUCACACUCUCAGCACGAUGGAGGCGCUGCUCGCGUCCGGCGGGGUCACCGGAACGCUGCUCGUCAUCGGCGCCGGCCUCAGCGCCGCCGACGUCAUCCUGGCGGCGUGCCGGCGUGGUGUGCCCGUAGUGCACGCGUUCCGGCGGCGAGCCACCGACCGGGCGCUCAUCUUCUACCGGCUGCCGCGCGCGCUCUACCCCGAGUAUCACCAGGUUCACCAGAUGAUGAGGGACGGAGGUCGCAGCUGCUGCCACUACCGGGCGCUGGCGCAGGCGCGAGUUCUCCGCAUUGACCCGGACGGCCUGGUAACCCUGGCCACUGGCGACGGGCCAGCCCAGGUGCGCGUCAGUCAUGUGGCCGUCAUGAUCGGCGCUCAGCCCGGCCUUCAGUUUGUGGACGACCAAACAGUGCUCGGUGACAGCGCCGGCGCCACCGCCGACGGCCGCGCGCGACUUCUGCCCGUGGAUGCGUUCACACACGAGUCCGAGAACGCUCCUGGCUUGUACGCCAUGGGGCCGCUGGUGGGUGACAACUUUGUCCGCUUCAUCCAGGGCGGCGCGUUGGCAAUCGCAGCUCACGUUGCUCGAGACCGGGGCGAGGGUGGGGCGUCCGAGGAGCGGCCAGCCACCGACCAGCUGAUGCCGAUCAGUGCCCCGCUGGGGGCCGGCUCCUGAGGUCGGACUGUGCAGCGGCUGGUCGCCUGGCUGCUAAAAUCAUUGCGAACCUGGCGGCGGCCCGGCACGGCCAUAGACCACAGAGGGACAGCUCACAGGGACGCCGAAUCGCCGGCGGACCAGCGCAGGACUGUAGCAGCGCCGCCUCGCCCGUUCGUGGCGCUUUUGUAGCCUUUCUCUCGUUGUCUGGAUGGGCACACUUUUGCACUUUCAUACUGCACACUUUCUUGAGAUUUGUAGAGUAGUUCCUAUUGAUCAAGAGAAUUUAGCGGUCUCGUAUAGAUGACUGCCAUGCCUUUUAUAGUCUGUUAAGCUGUCUUCUGAUGCGAGUUGAUCGGCCCUCUAUACUCGUAGUGGGCUAAACGGUUCGCUGUAGACUGGGCGGUAGUGGGCUGAAUGGUCUGUUUUAUCGUGUCGUCCGCUGUGUUCCGCUCAGCGCUGUGAGUUGGACCAGCGGCACCCUGAGACGCUCAACUUCACCGCUGGUGAGCUCGCUCGAAGCUCGCUCACCGUAAGCGUCGCCGAGCCACAGACGCAACUCAGGAAGCCGGCUGGCCUCGUGGACCUGUGAGGGCACUGUGGUCUGGCGUAUAGCCAGUGAAGCGUCAUCUGUCACCAAUGCAUAAUCGUAUUAUAUAUUUUCCGCGCCUC